AUGGCUGCUCCCUCAAUUGAACUCACUGCGCCAAACGGCAGAAAAUGGAACCAGCCUACUGGACUAUUCAUUAACAACGAGUUUGUUGCGUCAUCCAGCGGCGAGACGAUUGCAUCCAUCGACCCAGCCACCGAAGAAACUAUCACAAGGGUUCAGGCCGCUGGCGCUGAGGAUGUGGACAAAGCUGUCAAGGCUGCAAAGGCCGCGCUGAAAGAUCCCUCUUGGAAACAGCUCUCGGCUUCUGAUCGUGGCCGUUUGAUGACUCGUCUCGCCGACUUGAUCGAGGCCAAAAAGGAAGUUUUUGCGACAAUUGACGCAUGGGACAAUGGGAAAACGUACCAAGAAGCGUUGGACGUUGAUCUGCUUGAGGCCGUAGCCGUGAUACGGUACUAUGCUGGGUGGGCAGACAAGCAGUACGGUCAAACGAUCAGCACAACGCAUCAGAAGUUUGCCUACACUCUUCGUCAGCCCAUCGGAGUCGUUGGUCAAAUCAUUCCGUGGAACUAUCCUCUUUCGAUGGCCACCUGGAAGCUGGGGCCUGCACUUGCUUGCGGCAACACGGUGGUGCUCAAAGCGGCGGAACAGACGCCGCUAAGCAUACUUGUUCUCGGAGAGCUUAUCAAAGAGGCCGGAUUCCCGCCCGGAGUUGUGAAUUUCGUCAACGGGUACGGAAGAGAUGCCGGGGCUGCCCUGGUGAACCACCCCUUGGUCGACAAGAUUGCCUUCACAGGCUCGACAGCGACGGCCGCAAAUAUCAUGGCGUCUGCAGCCAAGACACUAAAGAAUAUUACUCUCGAAACCGGAGGCAAAUCGCCACUCGUCGUCUUCAGCGAUGCCGAUAUGGAUCAAGCCGUCAAAUGGUCUCACCUGGGCAUCAUGUCCAAUCAAGGCCAAAUCUGCACCGCUACCUCCCGAAUCCUGGUCCAAGACGAGGUGUACGAUGACUUUGUGCAGAGAUUCCUCGAGACUCUCAAGGUUGUCAGCAAAGUGGGCAGCCAAUGGGCAAAGGAUACAUACCAGGGCCCGCAAGUGUCCAAGGCGCAAUACGAUCGAGUCUUGGAGUAUAUCGAAAUCGGCAAAAAGGAGGGCGCAACAGUUGCGGCCGGAGGGCACCCUCUAAAUGUUGAUGGCAAGGGCAAGGGCUUCUUUGUCGCUCCGACAGUAUUCACCGAUGUCAAUCCUUCCAUGCGCGUCUACCGAGAAGAAAUAUUUGGACCUGUCGUUGUCAUUCUGAGGUUCAAGACGGAGGAUGAAGCAUUGGAAUUGGCGAACAACACUACGUAUGGCUUAGGUGCCGCCGUCUUCACGACCGACCUCGAACGGGCUCAUCGUAUGGCGGCCGAGAUUGAGUCCGGGAUGGUAUGGAUCAACAGCAGUCAAGACUGUGAUCCGCGGGUGCCUUUCGGAGGCGUCAAGCAGAGCGGUAUCGGCAGGGAGCUUGGAGACGCGGGCCUCGAAGCUUAUUCUCAGAUCAAGUCUGUGCAUAUCAACAUGGGAAAUCGAUUGUAG